ACUUCCUACUCUCGUUUUCCUCUAUAAAUCGUUCCCGAUCCCGAUCCGGCCUGAACUGCACCUCUCAGCACAUCGGCACAGAUCAGCAGAAUCACCCGGUCCGAUAAUUAUUGCUCCCUCUUCCCUCUUUCCUCUCAUAAUCUCUUUAUCCGGCUCUUUAUGGAAUCCCAGAACGCGCACCCAGCUGCUGGCUAUUCUUCAUUGAAAAUGCAAGACGCACCUGCCAGCGCGGUAGACGGCCACUCUGUGACGAAGCGGUUACAGAGCGAGCUGAUGCAGUUGAUGAUGUCAAACGUCCCGGGAAUCAGCGCCUUUCCCGUGAGUGAUUCGAAUCUAUGCCAGUGGACUGGCACCAUCGCCGGUCCUGAAGGAACCCCAUACGAGGGUCUGACGUACAAAAUAUCAAUGACCUUCCCGGCAAACUACCCAUACCGAGCACCAGUCAUCCGCUUCGUCUCACCGAUGUGGCACCCGAACGUCGAUAUGUCUGGCAACAUCUGCCUCGACAUCUUGAAAGAGAAGUGGUCCGCGAUCUACAACGUGCAGACCAUCCUCCUCAGCUUACAGUCUCUGCUCGGCGAGCCCAACAACGCCUCUCCUCUCAACGCACAAGCCGCUGAUCAGUGGGAUAACAACAAGGCCGAGUACAAGAAGUCACUCAUGGCCCAUUACAAAGAUAUCGAAGAGCUCGCGGACGAGUAAGAGCAUAAGCAUGCAGUAUGUUCCAGACAUAAACGCGUAUACUAAAGCGGGCCGGAACAUUGUCACAACACCUUUUCCCUCUAUUUUAUUGUUAUCCGGUUCUUUCUUUUUGAGUACCCUAAUAGCUCUUUAUUUGUUGUCUGUUUAUUAUUUGCGUAAUCGUUGUUCUCUGUAUUCUCAGAUGUAGAAGUUGUACUCUCAUUUUUCCUUUGGAUUAGG